GUCGGGGGUUGUGCCGAUGACUGGAUCGGCGAGGAGUUGACUAGGUCGGGCUGAUGAGCCCUCCUCCAAGUCAUCUGGGGAUCGAGCUCGUUUCUGACCGUGGUGCAUCUGAUGCAUGAGGUUGCUGAUAGCACGAACCGGUGUUGUGGGUGGCACGGGAAGGACAUUCAUCACCGAGGUCUCCAAACUCGGUGCCAUCAUGUCACUAGUGAUGACGGAGGGAUUGAACGGCCAAACCCCAGUUUUCCGAAACGCAGUUUUGAUGUUUGUCUCCGUCAUGGCCUUCAGCUUUGCGUUUGUCCACUCGCGUUUGAGUGGUGAGAAUAUCACGACAUCAAGACCUUGAUAGACAUGCGUUCCGUGUGCGGGAUAGCAUAGGAUGUGAAUUCGCAAGGAGCGUGCCAACCGGAGCAGCUCCAAUGAGUAUCGGGAGUUGUGGCCAUCAACGACUAGGAGAUAUUCCACGGUAAUCUCUUGGU